UUGUACUCAUGUCCUGAACAGAGGGGUGAAGGUGAACCCGGUCUCUGUCUGUCAUUGCCGCCGCUGGAAGGCUCCUUUCUCGUCUCUCACCAUUCGCUUUGGCCUGAGCCAUGUCCCUGUUCAGCGACGUCCCCCAGGCUCCGCCUGUAGCGGUCUUCAAACUAACCGCCGACUUUAGAGAGGACAGCCACCCGCAGAAGGUGAACCUGGGAGUUGGAGCUUACCGUACCGAUGACUGCCAGCCCUGGGUGUUGCCUGUCGUGAAGAAGGUGGAGCGGCUGCUUGUGGAGGACGAUAGCCUGAACCACGAGUACCUGCCCAUCCUCGGCCUGCCCGAGUUCCGCUCUGCUGCCUCCAAGGUUGCCCUGGGAGACGACAACCCUGCCAUCAAGGAGAACAGGGUUGGGGCAGUCCAGGCUCUGGGUGGGACAGGAGCGUUGAGGAUCGGGGCAGAUUUCCUGCGGCGGUGGUACAACGGCGUCAACAACACAGCCACACCUAUUUAUGUAUCGGCACCCACCUGGGAGAACCACAACGGGGUGUUUGCUGACGCUGGUUUCAAAGACAUCCGUCCGUACCACUACUGGGAUGCUGCUAAAAGGGGUCUGGAUCUGACUGGACUCCUGGAUGACUUGGAGAAAGCUCCAGAACACUCCGUCUUCAUCCUUCACGCCUGUGCACACAACCCCACCGGCACGGACCCCACCCAGGAGGAGUGGAAGACCAUCGCAGAGAUCAUGAAGAGGAGGAAGUUGUUUCCAUUCUUUGAUUCAGCUUACCAGGGUUUUGCAUCUGGCAACCUGGAAAAGGACGCCUGGGCAAUCCGCUUCUUUGUCUCAGAGGGCUUUGAGCUCUUUAUCGCUCAGUCCUUCUCCAAAAACUUUGGCCUGUACAAUGAGAGGGUGGGGAACCUGACGGUGGUUUCCAAGGACACCGAGAACCUGACCCGGGUUCUGUCCCAGAUGGAGAAGAUUGUGAGGACAACCUGGUCCAACCCGCCGUCUCAGGGAGCACGAAUCGUCAGCAAGACCCUCAACAGCCCCGAGCUGUUUGCAGAAUGGAAGGGUAAUGUGAAGACCAUGGCAGACCGAGUGCUGCUGAUGAGGGAUCAGCUGAAGAGCAAGCUGCUAGCUCUGGGCACUCCAGGAACCUGGGACCACAUCACUCAGCAGAUUGGGAUGUUCAGCUUCACUGGCCUCAACCCCAAACAGGUGGAGUACAUGAUCAAAGAGAAGCACGUGUACCUGAUGGCCAGCGGUCGCAUCAACAUGUGCGGCCUCACCUCCAAGAACAUCGACUACGUCUCCCAGUCCAUCCACGAGGCUGUCACCAAAGUCCAGUAACCUGUCCACACUCCCGCUCGUUGCUGUAUCCACAGGAAGUACUGUCAUGUCUGUGCCCCAAACCCGCUUAUCUUCUCCUUUUGAUUGCUUACAAACUGAGAGUUAGACCAGUUAGAGGACAGAUGUGCUUCAUUUACCACGUUAAGGUUAGAAUUCUCAACGCUUUUUAAACCUACUGGAAUUUCUCACUGUCUGCAGCACUCUGUUACUGAAUGUUACAGUGAAAAUAGUUUGUAGUCUGCCACCUUUUAGUCGGAACCCAAAUAAUUGAGCUUAAACUCUGAGUUUUGAACGGGACAGUAGAAUAAAACAAUUGUGCUUCCUCUGUAAAAGGUAGUGGUGAACAAAAGGCAGGCCGUUAAGGUCUGACCGUUUCACGCUCAUGCACUGAAUUGCAGCUGUGACAAAGGACAAAUCACGAAGAAAACUAUAUUUUCUUAUUUUUAAACCAUUAGAACUUACCAAUAUUUUAGCAUGUAUCACUCUGCGUACUGCAGCAGCACAUUGUUGGCAUCUAUCUCUGGAAUGUUCGGUUGUGAUUUUAUUUAUCAAUGACGAAAUGCAAGACGCACAAAGCUCUUUCUUCUUUUUUUUCUAUUGUUUUGCUUCUGAGAAGGGCACCAGGAGUUCAGGGGUCACCCUCUCUGUCCUGACUGCUAGGAGAAGGAACACUGGUGCCUGGUCUAGGUUUUGCCCCUUUAGCUUCCUAGUUUACUCAUUUGGUUCUUUAAGCCCCUCUGUGUGCCAUCAGUGAAGGAACAUCACCUGCCUCCUCGCCGUUCUUUGAUCUUUACCCUGCAGUGCCCUUAACUGUUUUACACAAAGGACAUGUAUAGUAAUGGGACUGAUUAGCCACAGACACGCUCCCAUGUGUGCUGGUGUUCGUAAUGGCACGUUGCAAUAUGUUCAUGCGUAAAUAAAUUAUUAAUCAUAUAUAUCAUGUCA